CUCGGCCCAUCGGGCGUCUCCUCUCCAGAGUCCUAACCCUUCUCCCUCCAGCCCCAGUCAGUCACCACGCUCCGUUCGUUGCCUCGCCGCCGCCGUCUGCUGCUGCGUCCCCGGCCCUCCGGCAGAGCGGCUCUUGCUCUCUUCACCACAGGUAGCAGGGAAACCGGUGACCAUGGUGAUCCCUCCACCAGAAAGGGCAGCUAGAGUCACCCGCUUUCUGAAGCCCUACCUGUUGAGGAUGCAUUUCUCAAACAAGUAUGUAUCCGCUCAGGUCAUCCAUACCCCAACAUCGACUGUCGCAUGUUCAGCAAGCUCGCAGGAGAAGCUUCUGAGACCAAACAUGGAAUCGACCCGUGAUGUUUCAGCUGCGGCGAAGAUUGGAAAGUUGCUUGGUGAGCGCCUUCUGCUCAAGGGAAUACCUGCAGUGUCCAUCCAUAUGAAGAGAGAACAGAAGUACCAUGGGAAAGUCAAGGCUGUAAUAGAUUCUGUUAGAGAAGCUGGAGUCAAAUUGUUGUGAUUGUUAUGUUGAAAUUAUUGAUCUCAUUUAGCAUUUGACGCUCAUUGAGCUGUGUUUCUAAAGUUUGCUAUUUUGUAAUAUGGUGCUAAGUGGGACAUUUCUAAGUCAAUAAAAGGACUUUUGUAUUGCUGAA